AACCCUACAUCCAUUCUCUCCAGCUCAAAAUAGUUCCUGACUUAACCAUCGGAGAGGGUUCAACUGGGAUCAACCCCAGUUUGCUCUUGUUCUGAUAUUGUUCUAAGUGUGUAGGUCUUCCCUAAGAGAUUACUCAUCUACGGGAUUAACUACGAGCCCUGGCCUCUACCCUAGUCCAAAUCAUACAUACGAGAAGGAUACGCGGUUUACAUAAUGUAAAGGAAAGCAAACGCCUUAAACUAUAUGUUUAUUUCUUUCUCGAAUUCUCCUGCACGAAUAGUUUGGCAAGUUAUCAAUCAUUCAUCAAAGGAAGAGGGGAAGAAAUAAACUUGUGAAACCCCUUAAAUGGGCCUCAGAUUGUAUUAUGAACUUUGGAUAUCUACUUCUCUGAGUCCAAGGCAAAAAUGCGUUCUUCAAUUAGACGUGUUUUGGGGCAGCGUUUAAAAUGGAAACGGUUAAGGGAGAAAUUAUUUCUGUCAUGGGUUGAAAGCGUAGCAGAGGCGGCUAAGAAAGGUGGUAGCGGACAGCAAGAGCUCUGUUGGGAUAGCUAUGAGAAGAUAAAGCAAAAAUGACAUCUCCAAGACUUCAGCUGGCUGCUGAAAAGAAAGAGGAAAGGGCGAAGGAGAGGGCAAAGAAAAGAGCAAUGACAGCAGAACAAGUUAAAGAAAAAAAUAUGGCAAGGAUUGCUCGUGAGAGGAGAAAAGAUGGAGAAGUCUAUGAAGAUACUGAAGAGUUGACAGUUCUUCAAGGGCGGAAUUGUAAGCAGAGAUUAAUGAAGUUUGAAAGAAAAACUUCAACAAAUGGACAAGCUGCUGCUCGAGGGGACAUAGUCAUGUCGCAUAUCUCAGCUUUUGAGAAACUGGAUCUAGAGCUUAUAAAGAGAGAAAAAAUGCAGAAAGAAUUUUCAUUCGCAGACCAGAUCAGAGCUGCCAAAAACAAAAGAAUGGAAUUAACUAUGGAAGCCUCAUCCUCUGUUCAUGCAGCCAACAAGAAACCAGGGGAGAGAAUGCUUAAAUUUCCACAUCCCUAGCAGCAGUUGAGGUGUAUGGAAGGCAACUUUUUUUCUUCUUUAAAGAGGGACAAUUUGCUUGUUUUUUAUGUACCAUAAUGUUCAUUUGUUGAUGGUUUGUAGGAAGAGAAAAUAUCGGACUCUUGAAUGCAUUUUUCCAACUAGUCGCAAGAGUCCGGUCAUUUGUUUUCACGGCUUCAUUCUAAUGUUAUAUGGAAGAGGUCCAUCUGGCAACAGUGCAGCGUUUUUAUGUGAAAAAUUUGUUAGGUGAAUUUGUCAUGACCAGAAAUUAUAUCAUCCGCUUUCAAGCACAGGAAAUAUCUGAUUUGCCUUGCCAAUAUCCGUGCUGGUUGUGAUAUUGACUUUAGACAGUCGAGUUAAAUUG